UCAAUCACUGAUCUUACUUUCAACAAUCAACACGAUGAGUUUACUAUUUAAAACUCGUAAUCAAUUAAAUGAUUUUUUCAGUGAAUUUCGUCGUUAUAUUGCUCCAACCUAUUAUCAUGAUCGGUGUGAAAGGUCACUUCAUAUGAAUAUUUAUGCUAUUCAUAAACGGGAGAUCUUAUUAUCUUUAGCUGGUUUUUUAUCUUGUUUUAUAUUACUUUUAUUCAUCGGACUUGCUGGACCGAAUGUCACCAAACUGGACACUCUGAAGGCCUCACAGAUAUUUGAGAAAGACAAGGUCAAUAAAACGGUACAACAAAAUCUCCUGGUUUCUGGUCCAUUUAGGAUCUCGGUACCUGAGAUGUCAACCUAUUCGGGUUACAUUUGCCUUUGGAUAACGUUUUAUAUUAAAGGUGAACCAGAUUCGGGUGCUUUUCAGAAAAGAUUCACCAUUACGAUUAACAUUGAGGGGAAAAGUACAAUUAACAACAAUAAUCAUCAUCGUAAAGAUACUGGAUCAAUGGGCUUCGGUGGUACCAAUGAUACUUUACCGAUGGUCAAUACCAUAUUAGAGGAAUCCUUUGAUUCUGGUGGUGGUCGAUAUCAUCACCUUGAUUGUAAUGGUAAUUCUUGUGAUCCAAUUCAAGCUCUUCAUCUAGAAUACUUGGAAUACUCUGAUUACACAAUUACUAUUAGAUUUGCCGAUUUAGAACAUUUUAAUAAGAAAAAUCCAAUCACCGAUAUUCACUUUACUUUCCAAUCAAUUAAUCCAUCCUUUACGAGUUUAACUAUUUGGUUUCGAUUCAUCUUUCUAGUGAUUGCAUUCAUAACCUCGUGUUGGUUUAAUCAUUGUUUGUAUCGAUAUAAUUUUGCCGAUUGGUCAAUGGAGCAAAAAUGGACUUCGUUUUUAUUAAUCGCGCUAAUAUUGUACAACAAUCCAUUCUAUCCUUUAAUGUAUCUUUCAAAUUCCAAAUUUCCUCAUAUUUUGGAGAUUCUGUUCCAAACAACAUUCACUUGUUCAGUUCUACUCUUUUGGAUUUGCUUUUUCCAUGGGAUUCGGCAAAAUAAUCGACCACUGAUUCGUUUCUAUGGUUUUAAAUUAUUGAUUGUUGGAACUCUCUGGUUAAUUAUCCUUUACGGUGCCAAUUGGUCAAGAAUUAAGAAAAUGGAGAAUCCAACUUUAGAUGAAGAAACUGCUUAUUCUGGUUCCAUGCUGUUGAAGACUUGUAAUUUCCUCUUUUAUCUUCUAUUUUUGAUCUAUUUCAUCUACUUGGUUCUUCUUCUACUGACCGCGUUUACGGAACUUCGAUCAAUGCCAUACUUUGACCUUCGCCUUAAAAUUCAAACUUUUCUUCUGUGUUUCACUUUGACCAUUUGUUUCCUCGAAUUUAUCCUUUCGAAACCACCGACGGCAUCCGAUUCGAUUCUUGGUAAAACGGACAUAACCCAAAUUCCAUAUCUUCAACUGCUCCCGAUGACCUAUCAGACCACAUCUUCGGCAUCUUUCUUGUCCAUCUUUUCAAUUUCAAAUCUUUACAUUUGUAUUGCAGCAUAUUUUUAUUAUCCAUCAUCAGCCUCAUUAAUGGAUUCACGUGUAGUCCGAGACAAUCCAACUCUUUCCAUGAUCAAUGAUUCUGAUGAGGAUGUUAUUUAUGGGUCUGAUGUCGAGCAACCUUUGAAUCAAUCAAAAUUAAUUGAGAUGAGAAACGAUGAUGAGGAAAGUGACUGAGCUGAUUGAAUGUAUAACAAUAAGUUAAUUGUGCUCAAGGAUGCGGGGAAAGGAUGGAGAUGGGAUGAUAAAUAGAGAGAGAGAUAGGAUAUAACGAACCAGCGUUCAUAUGGAUCAAGCUCGUUGAUUAUAAAUAUAAAAAUAUAAAAAAAGAGGCAAACAAAUAAAUUUAACUUUGAGAAUAAAGUCCUUUUUUCGAGAAGUGAGAAGGAUAAAAACAAUGUCCAA